AUGAACGAAAAUCCAGUUGUUAUUUGUGCGCCCAGUUCGUGUACAACUGUUUCAAACGCAAAUUGCGGUCCAUCAUUUGAGGCAUCUAUUUGCCAUUCAGGUAUUUCAUCAGUUGCUGUUCCGAUUGGAUCUGGUUUCUCCUCAAGUGUUUUAUGUUCUUCUGCUGUAUCCAAUGCUUCAAAUGCUUCGUCCAUCUUAUCAGCUUCUUCCUUGGGAUCUCUGCAAGGUUCUACUAACAACUUGAAUUUUGGUUUAUCCUCAUCUAGUCAAAAUAAUCCAAUAAUUUUGCCAGCAUCUUCAUCGUCAUUGCUAGUUAGUCCUUCAAAUAAUGCAACUCCUGGGAUUCGGUCGGUUCCUGCAAUUACUAGUACGUCUCUCGUUGUAAAUAACCUGGAGAAGUCAAGCUUGAAUAUUCCUAUGACAUGUCAGAAUGAGUUUCCAAAUGCCAACAUAACAAAUUCUAGCUUCCCAUAUGGGUCUGUUUUACCUUUGGAAUCAUCCGCAGUUUGUCAAAACCCUAGUUUUGUGAAUAUUCCAAACCAGAUAACCAGUAGUUCAAUGGAAAUUAUUCAUCCGACACAACAAAAUCUGUCGUCUUCCAUGUCGGUAUCUACAUCGAUUUCAUUACCUUUGCCACCUAGCAUCUUAAACUGCAAUCCGUCGCAUUCAGAAAAUAUUAUGAAUUUUGAUACAGAUUCCAGUGCUCGUUCACUUCCAAAUCCGACAUUACCACCUUACUUUCCUUUGAAUUUAAUGCCUAUUAGUGCUAAUGGUGACUUCCCCACGUCACAAAUAAAUUUCCCGGGAUUACCACCUGUUUUGCUUCAGGUUCUGCCACUACCUGGUGUUAAAAUGGGGGAGAACUACACAAUAAAUGUUCCCACCCAGUUAAUUUGGGACGGUAUAUCUAGCGCACUAGCUAGCGGUGGUACCGUCAAUGGAGGACCUAUCAUCUUGUCUAUUACACCUACACCUUUGCCAUCCCAUUCAGUUUCUUCUAUGACAACGCCUGUUUCAUCUUAUACCACAGCAAACCAAAUGUCUACAACUUCUGUAGCUUUAUGUGGUUCAUCCAGUGGUUUUAUCAAUCCCAGUCUACCUCAGGUUGGAAUUCCUGCCUCAACAGUUAUUCCGUAUUCAAGUGUUUCUAUCACAACUUCAACUGCCACGGUGACCACUACAGGAGUUUUGAAUACUAAAGUACCUGGGUUGAUAGUGAAUCCUAUGCUUUCAAAUCCUGUAAGUAACGCCGGAGGACCUAAACGAAUGAGAGCUAUUGCACCCAAGCCGUUAAAUGUGAGUGCCGUUGGAACCUUGGGAAUUAGAGCUACAUCAGCUUUAACUACCAUGUCAAAAAGUGGAUCAAAGCGUCAUGGUUUGGUUACUCCAAUUUCUGGUGUAAAUGGAGUCAUACCUACCUGUGCUUCUUUGCAAGUUAGCCAUGCGAGUAUUUCCAAUUUAGGAAUGGUAAAUACAGUGGCAACAUCUUCGAAGUUGUUGCAUUCACAACCCAAAAAAGUUUCGUUACCUUUAGUUAGUGUGAGUUCCACACUUGUGCGGUCAGGUCGUGGCAGACGUCGUGGUGGUGUUGGACAGCAGCCUGUUUCUACUACCUUUGUUACGAGUGCACAUGCAUCUCCCAUAUGUAUAACAAAUUCUAUCAAUUCAGCGAUGGGUAUAAGUACUGACACCAGUAAUGUAUGUUCAAUGCAACCUCCUCUGUCCUUACCGUUAAGUAGUCCAUCUGCAGUGCCCUCGUUCUUCGGCACACAACCGCUUCUGGUACCAUCAACAACUAAUCCGCAUAUUCCUGGAUCAGUUUUACCAUCUGGACCCAUUCAACCCACUUUACUUUUUGGAAAUUCCUUACCUAAUGCACCAUCAGUUACAAUGCCGAAUGGUAUGGCUCCUUUUCUGUUUCAACAAAGCCUCCCCAUAUCCAACAGUUGCUCACAGUUUUCAAAUUCUGUGUUUAGUCCUGCUACAUGUACUAUUUCCAUAUCACCGUCUACAUCAUGCCCAUUAGCGGUUGUUCGGUCUCUUCCAUCUGUUACCUCUGCAACUAUAUUCGCCACCAAUAGUGCCCCGACGAUGGCAUCUAUCGAUCCUACUACGGGGCUUGUGACUUAUUAUCCAUCAUCUUGCAUUUCUAUGAAUAAUCCGUAUGCAUCCGUUAUGACAUCUUCCACUGACUCACCAUCAAUUAGUAUUCCGACUGUAUGUUCUCAACCUAAUCAUACUCUGGGUCUCCAACCUUCCUCUCAGUCGGCACCGGUCAUGUAUCCUAUUCAGACUCAACAGCUUCUUCCCAAUCAACUUGUUCCGACUAUUUUUCCCAAUCUACCUACUGACGUAAGCAACAUGAGUAAUUUUGCUGAACAUACAGCGUUUCUACAAUCUUUCACUCCGGGUUUAAUAGAUACUUCUUGCAUAUCUUCUAACGAACAAAUGUCUUCAGAAUCUACGAUUAUUCAGAGUCAAAUGACCUGUCAAAAUGCUUUCUUUACAUCAAACGGCAAUUACAGCAGUAAUAAUCCCAGUGGAAAUAUAUCGAUUUUCUCGUCACUACCUGUAUCAACAAUGAGUGGACUACCUAGUGUAGACGUUACUACAAGCACAUGUGAAACAAAUGGACCGGUAGAAGAUGAGACUUGUUUAGCCAAAGAUGAUCUUAUCAGUCUUGCAUGGCAUCUUACGCAAAUGGAAGAUGGUUUUGCGACAAAUGAUAAGCAGAAUGCAGAUGCUUUAAUUGGACAAACAGAAGAUGAAAAUAACGUAAUGUUCGAGGAUUUUCUUCAAGCUUACUCGCAGAAUACCACAGGCUUUAACUUCAGCUCAGAUUUGAACUGCCAAACACAAGGCUUAGAUCCAUCUUCUGGUGACCCUAAUUCAAGUACUAUGGACAAAGAUGUGAUUGUUUUAGAUAGUGAACCUGAAUAUACUACUAGUUACGAAAACACGGAUGGUGAUACCCAGUUAACAUGCACGAAUGAAGAAAGCACUGGUAAUGCUGAUAUUGACGCCCUAUUGGCAGCAGCUGCUAUGGUUGGUGCUGCAAGUGGAGUUGGAGAUGCUCAGUCAGCUGUUGCCGUCCCAUUACCAUCUUCUUCGUUAGCUUCAGUAAGUCACCAAACUGCGUUAGAUUCUGAUUGUAACUCCUCUCCCCAUGCUACCCAUAAAAAUGAUGACGUUGGUGAUUGUGUACACUUAACUUUCGCUAGUCCUCUGAUACCAGCCCACUCUUCUAGUUGCAAAUUCUCACCUCUCCUUGUACCUAAUAAUGCUGAAGACUCAGUUGAUAACUUGAAGGAACCAAAGCCGGAUGGAUUAAUUCCAAGUGACUUAUUUGAUGACUUUUCAAAAACAGAAGUAAAUGAGCAGUUUCCAAAUGAAGUAGAUGGUUCAGUACAUGAAUUUGACGAUGGUUAUGAACCCACUAGUUUGGCUGCAGUUCUCGGUUGUAAUGCUCAAGAUGCUGCAGACUUGGAAUCAGUUUUAGGCCAGGAAGCUCCGGACCUGUCAGAAGGCGGAGGUGUUUCAGAUUCUUUUCUACAUUCACUCGUGGGUCCUUCUCCAACGGUGGACGAUUUAAAUGAUGAUGAAAGAGGUGGUGCAGUUGAUAUCUUCGAUAAUGAUUUUCAUUCUCCUCAUGAAUCAAAACCUGAUACAGAAAACGAUUUGAAUUUUCAUUCAGUGCAUGAUUUUCCUACUGAUAUCGAUUGCGAAAUGGUUAGUGAUGUAACUGACACCUUGCCUGUUUCAAAACAAGUUCGAUCAUUGCUUCGUGAUACCAAUACCAUCUCAGUGUCUUCGCGCUUUGGAUCACCUUCAGGCGGUAGCAAAAGCUUUAACCAUUUCUUCGAGGCCACUUCACGACGUCUUAAUAGAUCGUGUAGAUACACAUCUGAUAUUGAUGAUGAUUUUAUUGGUGUCGACUUUUCCGAUGCAGUAAAUGGAUGUACAACAGCGGAACAGUUUGAUGAGGCUUUGAUGUUAUUAGGACCUCAGCCUAAUUCACCUAUUAACCAGUCUGAAAUGCAAAGCGAAAAUACAAUUCCUGUCUCAGUAACUGAUUUUGUUUCUCACAUUGAAGACAAGAUGAAAAACAAUGAGAAAGCUGUUAAAGGUGGUUUAUUAAGCAUUGAUAUCACUUGUUCGGAUGUUAAAGAUGUUAUGGAAGACAGUAUUAUGACAAUUCAAUCUAACUCCACACCUCCACGAUGCACCGUAGUACAAUCUCUGGAAAUCCCUAUCUCAAAUGAAGAAUCUAAUUCACAGAGAAAUUAUGCUCCCUCUCCAAUUAGUGAAAUAGAAGAGUGUAUGACAGAAAACAAUUUGGAUCAACGGCUGAAGGACGAAAAUAAAGCCAGUUCAAUUAAUUCUCCGGAUAAAAAUGAUUCAGUUUUUGUGGUAGCAAUUCAAGACAGUGAUUGCUCACUAGAAGUGAAGUCACAGCAAAUGGAAGCUUGUGAUGAUGCCACAAAUAUCAGUGACUUCAAUCACGCAGAUCAAAAUUGUUCGUCACAUAAUGAAGCUGAGCUGCCGAAGUCCCUCCCGCCAAUAACUGAUGAAAGCCAAAGUCAACUAACUGAUUCGAAUUCGAAUACAUCAACUACUUCUGACAUACAGAAUUCUGCUGCAAUGCAAAACAAUGUUGUUGACUGCCGUUAUUAUGAGUUUAAGAAUGAUCCAGUGUAUAAUAUUCCAAAGCGUCCACAGUCAGUUAGUCCGAAAAUUCUGUUUGAUGUCAUCCCACAUAGUGUUUCCGAACCAUGCUUUGAUCCACCACCACGACCUAGAAGUCUUCCCAAUUUAUCUUCUGUGAAUAUAGAAGCGGAACAGCGUGACUAUGGCCUUGAGAAUACAUUUAAAACAUAUAUUUCGGACAUAUCGCCAUUUUGCAAUACUCCUCCUUUAGUAGCAUGUUCUGCUGAACAAUGCAAAUCAAGUACUAAAAGUUCUCCGAGAUCUGAUCAGCAUCUGUCGAUCAAUACAGGAGACAUUGUAUCAAAUAUUUCCAUUCUUGGAGUUCUCGCUUCAUCUUCUGCUCUAGUGGAAGCAGUUGCAGAUUUAGGAGAUGAUUCAGACAUUUCACCCGUCAAAUCAAGUAUUGAAGGAUUAGCCUCCCUUGAUCGCAUGUUAAAAAGCUGUCAGCGUCGCAGUCAGCAGACUUUGAAAUCUACGGGGAAUGCUUCUAGUAGCUCUGAAAGCGUUAUGAUUUCAUCUUCACAAACAUCCAGCCUAUCUCAAACCUCAGCAAUACAAACGGUAGCUGCAUCUGAUACUGAACAUUCAAAAAAUAUUGAUAUAUGCAGCUCUACAUUUAUAGGCUGGCAAAAUACAGAUGUAUCUAGUCAAUGUGAAGUAGAUUCUGAUGUUAUUGUUCAUGAAAGUACUUCUCUACCUGUUAGUAAUGUUAAUUCUGUAGCUGAAAGUUGCAGUCCUGAGAAAGAACAGAUCAAAGUUACAAAUACAGCACGCUACAAACGUGGUCGCCGGAAACGCACUGGGCACAGAAAACCGAAUUUGUCUUAUUUGAAGAAAGGUUCAGCUAAAACUAAUUCUAAAUUCCAUUCGAAUGUAUCUGAAGUAAAUUCCUCCGAGAAUACUACUGGAGAUACAAAUGAAGCAAAUCAAUCAGGCGACCACUCAGUCAACCCUUCUGAUGAUGUUUCCAUCAAUAACCUUCUGGAACUAGCUGCAAGACGCCCCCACUCUUUUGGGUUAUCUUCCGUAGACGGCAAUUUCUCAAGUGUUCCCAAUCCUCCUAUUCCUCCACAAUUUGAAAGUCAUUUGCCUCCUCUGGUUUUGGCUGCUGGGACAUCUUUAUUUCCAGAAUCCCAGUUAUUAACAGAAGUUUAUUCACCUGUUGAAGACGUUUGUUCUGUUCCACAGUCUGUUGCUAACAGUCUUAAAGUGGAACCGGAUGAAGCAGAUGUAUCUACAAGAAAUAAUGAUGAAAAGGAUCAAGCUCCAUAUUUGACUCCACAGCGUGCUCACCAUAUUCGUAAACAUAGAAAACGCAGAAAACAUAUUUCGGAUAUGAAACUUCACGGUAGAUUCCAUACGGAGUCUCAUUCGACAACGAAAAAGUCAUAUCACCCUCAUUUUGAUUUUGAUAAAGCGAAUUUUGUUGGCGUUAAUCCUGGCCUUUUGAAGGGAUUGGAAUCACUGGGUGAAGCACCUUUUGAACGCUUUUUACACGAUACAAGACUACAAACCUUUGCUACAUUAAAGCCUAAAACUGGUGAAGCUGAACUUAGUUCGAAAUCCAACCAUAGUUCUUGGUCUGAGAAAAAUGUUAUGCUGUUCGGUGGACAGUACAGUGGACAGUCUGCUUCUGGCGAUGGUUUGUCAUUAUCGACGCAAAAUAUGGGCACUGAGAAUCAUUUAAAUGAGACACAGUCUGAUAUUUUAGAAAAUUCAAUUUUGUCAUCAGGGAGUGAUAUUAAAUCUCCUUCUAGUCCAGCAUUCUAUAACCAUAAUUUUGAUAAACCAGUCCCAACUACUUGUGAAUCCAGCAAAUAUUCUGUAUUUUCUCAGCAUCCAGUUUAUUCAACACCUGUAUCACACACUUUUAAUACUCUUCCGACACUUACUUCAUCGUGUUGUAUACCCAUUUCUACUAGUCCUUUUCAAAGUCAUACUUUCUCAUUUCCAGUCGCAGCUACAAACACUCAAUCAGUUUGUGAAAGUAGUUCCUCAACCAGCCACUCACUUGAAAAAGUGUUCCCAGUUAUCUCACCGUUACCAAUUAACAGGAAUGUAGGCAUCGCAGGUAGCUUCGCUGGUGCUGCAGCCUUCCGAGCAACUAGCUUCAGUGCUUUAGCAGCUAAAGUUGAGAAGACAACCGGGACAGAUCGACUAAGCAAUCCUCCAGAAACACUAUGGAAAAAUGUUACCUUUGCAGAUUUGGCUAAGGUUGCCUCUUCAAAUUUGAAAAACAACGACGCUCCACAGAAUUCAUGCACUUCUACAUGUUCAUCGUGGUUUAUCGAUAAAUCUAUGCAAAUUGAUGCCUCUGCUUUGCUUCCCAAACCGUUAUUUCAACCCAGUUGCUCAAUCCUUACUCCACACAAGAAUGAAAACAGUCCUGUUUCACUUCCUGUCUGCUCACCGUCAAGCCAUUCGGAUAAUCAGCUUUCUGUUACGGACGAGAUUCAAACUCCAGUAUCUCUUACUAGAUUAACUUCUUCCAAAGAGAAUAAAAGACGUUUGAAACGCACCUCUACAAUGCCUAAAAAGAUACUUAAACGCAAACGGUCUGCAAAUAAGAGUCAGAGUCAUCCAUCUAGCACCAUCGAAAAGCCUACCUUAUCUACUCAUGAUUCUGAUUUUCAUGCAGAAGAAAGACUUGCUGAGUCUUUUAUAAAUGACAGCCCUGCAAUUCUUUCAGUCAAGACUUUGAACGAUGAACCUCAAGAAUCCAGUUCUAAUCCAGAAAAGGUCACUGCUGAGGAUUGUGAUCCAUCUGUGAGUAAUCCGCAUAACCGUGUUUGUCCAGAUGAUGAAAUUGAGCCUAUGGAAGAAGAGAAUAAUGUAGUAGAAAGCAUUGUUGUUCCUACAGUCAUACAAGACGAUCAGUCAAUUAGUUUAGGUUUAGAUGUUGUAGAUAAGGAUAUUUCUAAUCUGGCUGAAACAGAAGACGUUAACACUCAACCAACCACUGCUUCUACACAACCUUCGCCUGUAAUCACCAUUAACUGCGAACAGUCACUGACCGUGCCAAUGGAUUUUGAUAAGGUUACCUCCGAGGUUAUCUCUACUUUUCAGGAUGAGACAAGCACUAAAGAUGAUCAUGCAACUGUUCAUACUGAAAACACGACUGAUAAUAUAAGCUCGCCACCACCCGAUAUUUUGGCGUCUUGCAAUCAGAAUGUCAGUCAUGAAAACGGUGAUUCAUCUUCAAUUAUUUUACCUGAAAAUGACGAAAUACGUCAACAUCCUCCAAUCAAACUUCGCUUAAACCUAAAGUUAGCUCAACUAAGAGCCAAGUCACCAAAAAGAAAAAAGAGAAAAAAACUACGUUUUAAUAAUCCAGUUAUCGAAAAUAAGUGUGAUCCUGUAGUAGAAAUGCAAAGCGACCCUCCCAAGUGUUCAUUAAGUAUUCGUCUUGUAAAUCGAAUUCCUCUAGUCAAAGAAAUCUCUAAGCCUAUUUCGAAUGAUUCAGACAAGAAAAGAAAGAAAAAGCUCAAGAAAAUAAAUACUAGAUCUUUGAGUCCCAAGAGACCUAACGUUACAACGGACAACACGCUACAAUGUGAAAAUGUUGUUCAGUCAUCGUAUCUCGAAAAUGCGUCGAACACUUUAAAUCAUAUUACUGAUAAGCCCACUAGUCAAGCUAAUUCAACAUCUGACGUUUGCCCAAAGGUUACCGUGAAAGAUGGUUUCACGAAUCCCACAUCAACUAAAAAGAUUUUCUCGACUGCAAGGCAAGAGCGUCGAAGUAAUUAUGCUCAGUUGACACGACCUUGGCGUGCCAGUCUUUCAACUUCACCACGGAAGCGCAGUACGAUGGGAUUUCGAUCAACGUCAUCUCGUCGAAAUGCCGCUGGUUUAACGCGAUCUUCCGGUCAUCUGUCUAGUUCCCACCGUAGUACAACGGUGGUUGGUCAGAAGGAACCAAAAGUUAUGCCUAAACAAUCGAUGAUCACAGGGCAAAACCUUUCAAGUAAUGAUGUUUCUGAAAAUUCCUAUACGGUUACGAACUCUACAAGUAGGAGUAAAGAAGCUACUGAAACGGAGCGUUCAGAGUGUCCAUCACUACGUUUGAUCAUUCGUUUAGGCAAGUCUUCAAAUUUAUCGAGAGAUGAACUAGCUAAUCAGUCUGCGAUUUCCCCACUAACUAUUCAAGUGCCGUCUGAUAUGUCUUCUGCUUCUUCUGAAGCGUCUAGUGACAAAAUAUGUCAACAAGGUAAUGUAAAUAUUCCAGUGUUAGAAAGACAGUCUAAUGAAGAGUAUAUUGGUUCUGCUAGAGAUAUACCUGAAUUUUGUGUCGCUAGUGAGGCAGAAACUUUUAUGGAUCCUAAUCAGUUUCAAAUCCACAGGAUUUUAAAUCGAGCUCUUCCAAUGAAUUCUGGACUCCUUGGUUUGUACGUUCCAUCUCCAGGUGGAGAUGAUGACGGAGGUAACUGCGGAGUGGUUGAUGGGGUGCUGGAUUCUGAACAUCGGAUGCGGUUAACCGACCAGCCAUUUAGUUUUUCUCAAGUUUGUCACGAAAAUCAUGCGAGUUCAGUCGCUCCUCGAAUUGGUUGUACUGCGGGUUUGUCAAGUGAAGGAGAAACAAAAUCACCAGAACAGUCUAAUUGUGAUGGAAAAAGUGUCGUACCCCCUAGAUAUCGAUAUGGAAAAAGUAUAAAGAACCUGACGAAUGAAAGCAACGCGGAACAAUCGUCAAAUGACCUUAUUCCAUAUUCGGAUUGUUGUAAAAGAAACAUUGUAAGCGAUUGCAUCGAUGAUCCAAAUUUCCCAUUUCACCAACCGACAACCAGUAUUUAUAGCACACAUCAAACAGAUAUGUCAGAACAGGAUAUAAAUUAUGUUUCUAAUUCUAAACGCAUUCAUGACCAUGUCAACUUAAACCACACUUCUCCAGACCCAUCGGAUGAUGUAAAUGCUACACAAACCGCGCGGUAUAUGUCUGAAAAUAGACCGGGUCUUUCUCAAAAAGAAGUCCCUUGGUGUGAAACAUUCAAUCCCAACUUGAAUCAUGUUGAAGAAGAACAUCAUAUUCCUUGGACUAUUCACAGUCUGUCAAACAACACAGAAAUAGAAUUGAACAAUUCAUCCCUUAUUUCAAAUAACAUUACUCCCCAUAAUGACGAGACUAUUAUUGCAGAUUGUAAAUCUCAACCUAAGUUUCCUAAUGAUGAAGCUGGUAUUUAUCCAGAUAUGCCUUAUUCACAACAAGUUCUUUGCUGUUCUGCACAGACUCGGAUUUUUGAUGCAUACAAUAGUGGGGUCUAUGCAAAUGGAUCUUCAGGUUCCGGUUUUGGUGGGUCAUGCAGUAACACUGGAAGUGGUAAUUCUAUCUCAGCCCCAAGUACUGGCAGUCCAGCACCACUGAGUUUAGGUCCAGGUCCCGGGAGCCAACCUGAAUAUUCUAGUGGUUGCACUGGAAGUAUAAACGAGUCUUUCUGUUGUCCUUUAUCUCCUCCACCAGUCAAUAGGGAUUUCCACUGCAGUCCAGUUUCUGGAAGAGUAGAUAUGUCAGCACCUGCUUAUGCAGAAACGCAACCAACAUCUCAAAAUCCUUAUUCUCAAUUUCAUGAAAAUCGCCUGUCCAACCAUGCUGUCAGCUUGCCAUGGACUUCAGAAUUAUCAUAUCAACGUCUAGUGAUUGCCGAUGAAAAUCGUCUACGUGGGUUUUCUAGAAAGCUUUGAAUAACAAAUAUAUAUAUAUAUAUCCCUUUAUAUAUGGAUACCAUUUUUAUUGAUUAGGAUUGUACAUACUUCGUAUCCUUUUCUUUUAUUAUUUAACAUAGAUAUUAUGAAUGUAGACUAAUAUUAUGACUCUGGUGAGAACUAUUGUGUUUACGAUCUCAUGUCUAUGAUUGUUCAUUUUUUCUCUCUCCUUCAAAUGCUUAUACAACAAUAUACAUACAUACAGUAAUCCUUAUUUG